AUGCUGCGGAACACGGUGAAAGCCUCCACGACCGCGUCAGAGGAGAAGGCAAAGGAGAAGAACAAGAUUUAUAACAGACGAAUAGAUAAGGAAAUAAAAAAUUUGAAGGAGUCAAAACUUCUCGAUGAUAAGAAUGUAUACAUCACGGUUAGUCAAGCGAAGGACCAGGAGGAGCAAAACAGUGACCAUUUUCUGUUCGGGCAUAGUUUGGACAACACAAACAGCAACACAUAUUUGUUCCUACUAGAAACGUUUAGUGAAGAAUAUUUCCAAAGUAACACUUUUUUUCUGAGCAAUUUUACCAGUCAUAUAAAAAUUGUAAAAGAAAAGAUAAACGGUGGGGCGUUUCCCACAAAUGGUCAUGAGAGUAGCUAUCCCUCCCUCGUCGAAGAAGCGGAUAAGUACGCACAAUAUAAAAAUACUUUGUGUCCAUUUUUUGGCAUCUACGAGACCCUAUGUUUGGCGAGAAUCUUCGAAAGCUUCCAGAACUUUUUAAGCGAAAUUUGUUUUUUUAUGCAAACUUUUGAAACGUUUAAAAGUGGCUUCAUGAGGGAGCAGCGCAUCUUCAGGGGGAUGACCAAAGAGGACGGGGCAGAGGAAAAUCUCCUAUGGGAAGGUCGUCCAAACAGUGAAUUUUCCUUCUUCACCAACACCUUCUUCGAAAUUAUAUACAAAGAUUUCACUACCCAUUUGCAAACCAUUCAAAGGGAGAUAUUAAAUAAAUUACAGGAGGAUGAAUCGUACGAGGAUAAAUCCUUUUAUGAGCUCUUUUCUGAGUUCUUCUAUAAAUACUAUGGAAUAAACGAAAGUGUUGUGUUUUCUUUUUUCAUUUUUGAGGACUUCCCGUUCAGCAAGCCAUACGUCAACAUAGAAAACUUACCCUUUUGCUUUUUUAAAAAGAAAACGCACAAAAAAUUGAAGGGAGAUAAAUAUAAUCAGAAAAACAUACUCAACAUUUUACUUCACCAAAAAGAAAAAGGGUGGAUCCCAAAAAUUACCAUCGGAAAUUUAUUCGAAGAAUGCCAAAAGCUUGUCCAUGUAAUCUUCUUUUUUUAUCAAUACAAAGUUUACCUUUUUUUUUAUUAUCUAAUGAAGCAUAAAAUAUUUGAACUUUUUCUCAAAAGCAACUGCAAGGUCAAUUUAGAGACUUAUCCCCUUGUCUAUGCCUACGUAGCUGCGGUCGAUAGAAAGCUAGUUGCAAAAAAAACGGAAAGAAAAAAAAAUUAUUCCAAUUUGCUGUACAGCCUUGAUAACUGCGAAUGGAUUAAUCAAGAUUUCCUUUUGUAUAAAUUUUUUUACAAUUAUAAAAAUCUGAAAAGGAAAUUGGCCAGCCAUGUUCUGGAUGAUGAAGGAAAGACUGCCCUUACAGGGAAUCUACUCCAGAUGAAAAAAAAACGAUAUGAGUAUUAUAUAUAUUUGUUUUUCUUUCUUUUCCUGUUUUUCCUCCCCCUAUUUAUUAAAAAUGUGUUUAUAUACCAGACAGCAGAAAUUGAGCAUUAUCUCGAGAAAGCGGGGAACAGCGGUUUUGUGCACUUUGAAAAUGUGGCUAGUGACCCCCAAGGGUUGUCAAACCAUCCCUUGUUCUGGGUUUACAUGGGAGGAAUAAACAGGGUGAGCUCCUCAUGCAUGGGUGAUGAUGUAAAGAAGGGCCAUCCCGGUGACAGAGCACACACAGUAGCACGUAGAAAGACAGACAAGGAAGAAGCAAGCAGACCGGGGGAUAUCCUCGGAGGAAGCAGUGACAGCCAGGAGGAGAGCCAAGAGGGAAGGGUAACAAGCUCUGCGACGAGUACACUACACGACGGAGCAAAAGAUAAUGGAAUGAACCCAGAUGUGAACAACGCACAGAACGGGGGAAAGGAGAGAGGCGCCCCCAAAAAGGUGCUCGCCACCGCGCUGCUAGCCAUCUCCGAGUUCCUCCUCUUCACACUGGGGGUCAUCUACCAUUUGCGCCUACUAAAAAAAAGGAUGGAACACAACAACUUGGUGUUAAACAUUUCCUCGGCCAUGCUAAUCCUGUACAGCCCAAUUUUUAUUUCGAAGAAUACCAACUAUGUAACGACUCUAUCCCUGGGCUUGCUAUUCUGGGCCAUCAACUUAAUUUUGCAGAAAAAAAUGUACAUGUCUAUUUGUGUCUAUUUUAUAGCCAUAUAUUUUGACCUCCGCAAUUCGAGUUUUUUUGUCCCCUUUCUGUUUAUCUACGUGUACAUCAGCAGCAUGUACGUGAGGAGAAAGGGCAACAAAGUGAAGACCUCACUUAAAAAUUGGUGCCACGUUUGCAGGUAUGUUCUCCUUUACCUGCUGUCAUAUGGUGUGAUCACAUAUAUUUUAUUUUAUAUCUUUUCCGCUGACCAAAUUGGAUGGGUGGGCACCGCGAAACGGUGUGUACGUUUUCUGGGCGCCUAUUUGGAACGUGCGGGAGAGGGCUUUCCAGGAAGAAGCCACGUCGCGUCGUCCAUUCGAGCAGCAACCCGAGGGAAUGGAAGUAAAGACUCCAGAAGAAUAGUGGACGGAGGGGACAUCCUCAUCGUUGGGAAUUCACACCGCGCGCAGAUCUUUUUCCUGUCCUUUAUCCCCCACAUAUUGAGCGCCCUCUUUAAUUACCUCCUUGUGGUGAAUACCAUUGCUAAGCUGUACGUCUCCUUGGCAGUUUCAUGCAUCAUGUUUUUCUUUACCUCCUGGGGGGACUCAAACUCGUGCGAUUAUUUCCUAACCCUGUUGCACAUUUUGCAGUUCCUUUUUAUCAACGUUGUUCGGAGCUCAAGCAUAUUGUUCAAUGUACUCAUUUCAUCCUUCAUAGUUCUAACGAGUGAUAGUUUUAACGUAUACUUGUUUUGUCUAACCAUCUUUUAUUUUGCUAUUCAUAUUUAUUUAAUGUUUCCUUGGGUGAAUUUCCUUCCAAAUGUUAAUUAUCAUGUCCGUGUCUUCUUGCAUUUGUUGAGUGAAGUGUGGAGGUACGGUGUGUGCAACUUGCUUCAUUUGUAUGAGACGAGUAUAAAAAAUGUUGCCCUCUCCUUUGUGGUCAUUCUUUUCCCUCACUCAUCUGUUAUCGCACCACUGCAUGAGAAGAACACUCCGUAUAUCAUUCAGCGGAAGAAAAUCCAACGAAAGAUUAUUUUUUGUUUAUGUUCCCAUUUGUCUCGCGACUGUUUGCACCUCCCCCUGACGUGUUUCUCCCUGGCGCUUUUUUUCCUGCUUGGCUUUCGGCGGUUACUCUGCACAAGGCGGAAGCAGUUCAGAAAGCUGGACUUCCUGAGCAUUCCCCAAUCUGCUUCCAAGAGGGCCUUCCCACUGGAGCGACCCAAGAAGUUGUGA